AUGGUUUAUAGUAAACCAACAAGCGGAGCCAUGAAGAGGUCUGCCUCGGCACUCGAAGGACCCCCCGGGUGGGGCGAUGUUCCUCCGAUGAUGACCAACUCCCGCUCAUCAUUCCGUCCCCCUUAUGCCCACUUUGCCAUGAUUUACCUUGACCGUGAUGGCAAGCUUAAGGUCGAUGAAUCAUCUGCUAUUCAAGAGCAAAACUCUACGGUCUUCACCCCAGAAGUCCGCCAAAACUUCCUCGAGAUUCUGGGUGAACGUAUCGGCUACCAUGCCCCUGCUCGCCAGACAAUGGACACAUCUCCUCGUCGGGUGAGACGUCGCAAGGGCAACGCUCCUAUUCUCUCUAUCAAUGACGACCCCCUAGCUGAAGAGGACACUGAUAGCGAGGACGUUCCUAGUGGGUCUGCCGAAAUGGUUCCUCUUCGCAUUGGAGAUGCCCAAAAGGUCAUGGCCUACUAUGAAGGUGCACUAAAGCACUUCCAACAACUGAACUGUCGUAUGGUUGCUAAGGCAUUCAUCAAAUUCAUUGAGCCUCGCAAGCAGGUCCGACACCCUUACAACGGUGGCAAGCCACCUGCAGGAUCUGCCCCCGGUACUACUGGCGACCCAGAAAAGACUAAGCCCGAGUGGUGGCCUCCCGGUGUUAUGCACAAGGAGCCUGACCACUUGAGAAAAGAGUACCGCAUUGAGCUCUUGCUUCACAUUAUCCGCAAGCUCGGUGCUUACGGUAUUACUGCCGAUAAGCUUAAGGAUGUUGCUGGCGACACCAAGCGAAGCUUGAAGCACGCGUCUCACGUUGAGAUCAUCUACGAGAUCCUCCGCGUCCGCAAGAUGGAGGAGCGUUUCGAACGAGGUGAAGUUGAUGCCAAUAUGGUUGUCUACACCAUGAACCGCGGCCCCAGCCCUAAGGGCGACGAAGAAGACGACUCCUCCUCCACCUCAGUCACUAUCGAGGAGCCCGAGCACAUCAACCAAGGAUUAAUGACCCCAAUCUCAUCAUUCGACCAAGCACCUACUUCAUUAACCACACCAAUUGACAACAUCCCAACUCGCUCCGUCCCAGGCAGCUUCUCCAUGGCGGAGCCACUCACCUUCGAAAAUCCCGCCCGCCAGGACCGCCCUUACUACACCACACCUCCUCAAUACACCGAUUCAUUCUCCUCGCAGUCCAUGCUCAGCACUCCCGUGACCGCGGAGAUGAUCAGCCCUCACGACGUCUCAGUCUCAGCCUUCGACUACUCUGCCCACAACACCUACUCCAAUUCUACACCCGAUCAGCGUGGAGUAAGCGGCCACUACGAUACCUGGACCCCGUCUUUCCGCCAGAACAUCUUCAGCCCCGUUGACUACGCUACACCAUCUAGCCAGGGUAUGCCUCAGCCUUCAAUGACCUACCAGAUGCCCAUGGUAUCACACAUGCAGGACAUGUCCCAUCACCAUGCCCAGCAGUCCCACAUGGACUCCAUCCACCAAAGGUCCCUACCUUUCCGCACAGGAUCGUUGGGCCACCCACACCCUAACGGGAUGCCUCUCUCUCACACUGUCUAA